UAAAACAAAUGAAAUUGUGCAAUGAGCACUGUCAGGGUGAGUCAUAAGCAGCUGGUUUAGCCUACAGAAAAACUCAAUGCACUUUUGAGGAAUUGCUCGUGACGUUCUCUGACUAAGCAAACCAAUUCAUGUUAACCAAUCCACAUCGUUCAGCACACGAGCACAAUCUCGUUUUAAACCGCCCCUGCUGUUGAGCAAGCACUGCAGCGGACAGACAGACUCCAGUGCGUUUCAUAUUUUUGUGAAAGUGUGCAAACGUGAGCAAUGUCUGCAAACAGAGAGAGAAUGCACACCAAUCUCAUCGACGGACCUGACGAUGAAUGCAGCAGUCCAGAGGUGCGAUAUUCAGUAUUUCAGAACCCAGAUAAAAGCAGAAAGCAAUUUUGCCAAGAUCCCUUCAAGGUGGCAACAGCAUGCCUGACUGCCUUCUGCCUCAUCUUACUCAUGAUCCUGGUGGUCACAAGUGUUCACAGCGGUAAGGCACGUUCAUCUGAUCAGGAUUCCCCGUCCAGCGCUGCUGAAUCACACAUGCAGAAGGGCAGCGCUAACGUAUCUGCUCUGACUGAAGAGCUGCAGGCUGUGAAGAAAGAAAAGAGUGAACUGGAGAAAGAACGGCUGCAGUUGAAAAACAGAAUCGCUGAGCUUGAGGCAACCCCUGCAGCACAAACCACUCAAGUACCAACAAAGAGUCCCUGUCCUGAAGACUGGAAGCACUUUAACGGCAGCUGUUACUACGUCUCAGAAUACCGAAGGAGUUGGUCGGACAGUCAGGCGUACUGCAAGCGGCAAGGAGGACAUCUGGCCAUCAUCCUCACAGCUGAGGAACAGACGUUCAUAUGGAACCUGCUGCCCCGUGGAUACUGGAACGCUUACUGGUUUGGCAUAAGUGAUGAAAAAGUAGAAGAAGACUGGUACUGGGUGGACGGAACUAAACUAGUUGGAGGUUUCUGGGAAGAUGGCGAGCCCAACAACCAUAUUAAUGAAGAUUGUGGCUACAUGAUAAAAACAGAUGUGUUAAGCCGUGUGGCUAUAAAGAGCUGGUAUGACGCGCCCUGCUACAUGUCCUUGCCCUGGAUCUGUGAGAAACUGGUGUCCUCUUGAUCUACCACCAUCAUCAACAACAGACAUUCAUUGAUUGUUACUAAUACAAGCUGUAAUGCAAUUUCCAUUGCAUUUAGAAUGUCUUGUCUCAGGGUUUUCAGUCAGUGUUUAAAAUGUUAAAAUGACUAACUGCAGUCAUGGGUCAAAAAAGCAAUUAACUGUUUAUUUUAACUGUUUAUUCUGACACCCUAUGUGCAUUAAUCUACAUAUAGCUGUGCUUUUUUAACACUGGAUGAUUUAGUGAAUUCAUUAACUGCUUGAAUUUUAUAGAAAAAACUAAUUGAGGCUGAUUUUAUCAUAAAAAAACACUUUAUGUAAAAAA